GUCAAGGCUUCUUUCCGAGGCGACCUGGCUACCCGGGGUUUGGCCUUUACACCAAGAUUCUCGUCCUGACUAGUGGAACGAUCUUCCUGGACGAAAUCCAAACGUGCAUGUCCUUUCGGUUCUGUACGCAAGACAAGCAAUCGCAGGGCUGCUUCUGGUGAAUGCAUAAGAGGGGGAUACCUUGAUCCAUACCUCAUUCGGACAACAUGAAUAUGAUCGAGGCUUCUUCGCCGUUGGCGGCCAUGCAGCCUCCGGCAUUCAUGGGCCAUUGUGGCUUCAGACCAGAUGGACCAACAUCAUAUGCCUCCUUCGCUGUUGGUAACAACUUCAACUUCAAGGAUCUAUCAAUGAAGAAGUCAAGGACAGACUACUUCAACCUCAAACCUGUUCGAGGGUCUUCACCUACGGCUAGCCUUGCUGCCGACCUCUCUCAGAAUUUCCAUAUCGAUCAGAGUCCUCAGCUGCCCACUCCUCGAAGGGCUCUGUUCCCUAACAGCAUGUUCGCGGCUCAGCAGAAUGGUCAUGUGACCCUCACCACACCUCCAAUCCCAUCGUCGUCGCCUGGGACUCAAGAAUCUAUGGACAUUGACGUCUCACCUCUACCACACAAGGCACCGUUUUGUGCAGUCGAGAUUCAAUUGCAGUCCCCAACCCCUGAAUCCACGCCUCAUGAGUCGCCGGCCUUGUCCGUACCUUCUCCUCCACCGAUGAUUCCUCAAUUCGAGACCAUGCAACUCAACGUCCCUUCGGAACGAAGAAGAUCAGGACCGCUGCGACCGUCUCUGGUCAGAACAAAGGGUUAUAGUACUGGCACUUUGCCUCAACGACCUGCACCGGCACCGGCACCAGCACCAGCACCAGAAAGUCAAGCUCCGCAGUUCAAGUUUAUGGACUAUUGCUGCAAUAAGCCAGCAAACUCCUCCUCUUUAUCCCUGUCAGAGAUCUUCGCCGAGUCUCCAGUGCAGGAAAAGCAGGCUCCUGUUCUCGCCGCCUCUCCGGCCUUUGUUGCUCCACGACCUCGCUUCGGCUUAUGUACUGGGAACUCCCGCAAUGGGUCACCAAUGGCGGGCCAUGCACGAAAAGGAUCAAAUCCAGGACCGAGGCCGAGGAAACAAUUUCGUCGAUCCUUGAGCAUGUUUGAGCAUCCUGAGGACGUUAUGAAACGGGAGAAGGAACGGAUGAGCCCGCCUCCACCCUUGUUGCCGUCUAUCAUGGACGUCGAAGGACCGCACGUUCCUCAACUCCCUCACUUCACCCAAAGUGAGGCGGGUGCCCUUCCACGCAUCACAAAAGAGACCAUGAUCGAGGUUCUUGACGGGAGGUUCAACUCAUGCUACGAGAAGCUGGUCGUGAUUGACUGUCGGUUCGAGUACGAGUUUAAUGGCGGCCAUAUCGACGGUGCCGUGAACUUCAACGACAAAGAGCAAUUAUCUUCACAACUUUUUGACAUCGAGCCGACUACCAAGGCAUUAUUAAUAUUCCAUUGCGAGUAUUCUGCUCAUCGCGCACCUCUUAUGGCGAAGUUCAUCCGCAACAGAGAUCGAACUGUUAACGCCGAGCGCUACCCUGCUCUAACAUACCCAGAGGUCUAUAUUCUAGAUGGUGGCUAUAGCACAUUCUUCAAGGAUUAUCGAUCACGAUGCUUUCCACAGAAUUAUGUCGAGAUGGAUGCCAAAGAGCAUGUUCUCGACUGCGAACGUGGUCUCGGAAAAGUGAAACAACGAUCCAAACUCAUUCGAGCUCAGACAUUUGCGUUUGGCCAACAUUCUCCAUCUGUCGAUUCCAGUCCAACUGCCAUGGGUCGAAGCCUGCUCGACAGUGACAUGGACAUAGACAUGGGUCUUGAAUACACCCCUGUCGCAGGAUCACGACCAGGCCUCAAUACCCUCCGGAGCGCGAAUUACCGGAAUCACUCUUAUUAGCGGCUUUUUCCUUCUUUCAGCCAUUGACUUGCGUUUUAGCACGGCGUUGGGAGCUGAAUCAUAUUGUACUCUCGGCGCAUCGGAUUGACAUUG